AUGUUUAAUGGACAUCAACAUGUAAAGUUUGGCAAUCAAGUGGCUGUGCAGACGGCGCCAUUCUUUUGGGACGCUGGUGUCAUUGACAGCAACAACCAGAUCCUACCUUGGAACACGACAUUCUCAUGUGCGCCCAUGCCCGCCACACUGUCCGUAUCGAUGUACUCUGGACCCUUUGUCAGGAAUAGCUUGUUCCCAUCUCAAUACCUACAACCGCCCCGAACCGACAUCUUCCAGACGACUGUUUCAAUCACUGAUCCAUUCAAUGGUAUGAUGUUUGAUGGUUACGCAUGCAAGGCAACGAUAUAUGUGUGUCAGUUGGUACUCCUAAGACAAGGCCCCAAUGGUCCCGCCGUGUCCAGUCUCUACCAGGUGCUAUUGUACCCCAUCGGAACAGACGAGGGCGACUACACCCAGCCAAUCAAUCUCACCAUUACCAACUCUGGACGUACGGCCUACGUGAUCUUCCCGCCAUUGACCGUCAAUACAGUGAGAAAGUCUCAAAGUUCCACUGUGUAUGAUAUGAGUCUCGAGACUGGAUUGGUACCAAAUAGACCAAACUCAAUGUUUGGAGCAAGUGUCUCAUCGACCAGCUUGGAUGCACUCUACUUUAUCUACUCCAACGUAUCGUCUCCCAACCAACUAUUGUCCUACUUCAGGGUUUUCAAGCCAGUACGCACCUAUCCCAAUGGCUAUGUCGACAACCUUGCACUUGCCACAAUCCAAAUGCAACAGACCCAGAUAUUUGAAGCGACCACAUCUCCAGGCCCAUUUGGGCCCUAUAUCAGGACUCCAUACCAAGCAUACAAUUCCCCUGUCACUACAACACAAGUGACUUAUUGGACUGAUGGUUCGCAGUUUGGAUCCACAUUCCUCCUGCCAAACUAUCGAACAUGUACAUAUGGAUACCAAAUGGCUUUAGUUGGUCCCGAUGACCGCUUCUCCUAUCCAUUUGGAGUCAAGAAUAUUGUCAAUGGUGGCAACACUACCAUGUCAGUCACAUUCUACAUCAAUGGCUAUGUACCAAACAACCUAGGAAGUCUACUUUACUGCACCUAUGUCAAUGUUGCAGUUUUAUUACCAGCAUUACACAAUCAAACUGAUGAGACUCCACCAAUUGUGGAAUCAUUCCAGAUAGUACCACUUGGUGGAACAAGGUUCUUGUUGAGGACAACUGUUAGUGAUGCUGAGUCUGGAUUCCAAAGGAUGAUGUUGUACUUCUCAACAGGUGACUUGUUCAUCUGGACAUGUAUCAAGGCAAUUCAAACAAAGGCUAUUAUGAGAAGCUACUUGAAUUGA